GUAUCGCCUAUCGAUUGGCUUGCAAGUGCGAAGACCUCCUAAACUCAAUUAUAUUUCCCGGCCGCGUAUUUUCAUUUGCUAUUUUUUAACGCUUUAUCGACAUUAUGGGUGACCAGAACUCAGACGAUGAAAGUGGUUCCUCCGGCUCAAGUCGCAGUGGCAGUCGCAGCGUCACGCCGCAAGGAGGCAGUGCACCCGGAUCCCCUCGCAGUGGCAGUGACCGGUCCCGCUCUGCUUCGAGAUCCUCGAGAUCUCGAUCUGGUUCUGGAUCUCCGCGAAGUGCCCGUUCCGGAUCCGCUCAAAGUCGCCGCUCAGGGUCAAGGCAGAGCCAGCGAUCGCCAUCUGUUCAUAGCCAAAAAUCAGGAUCACCACACAGUCAAAGAUCCGGAUCUGCUCGUAGUCGGAGAUCAGGAUCCCACCAAAGCAGAAGGUCAGACGCCUCCCCAAAAAGUCAUAAGUCGGGUUCACCGCAAAGUCGUAGGUCAGAGUCCCCCCAGAGCCGCAGAUCAGGAUCCCCCCAAAGCCGUCGGUCAGGAUCUCCCCAUAGCCAGAGAUCGGGCUCCGCUCACAGUCGUCGAUCCGAUUUAGCUCGAAGCGCUAGAUCCCGAUCCCACUCACGCAGUGGUACCCCUAAGGGCAGCGGUAAUGAGGAGUCGCGCUCAAACUCGCCGAACCUGCAGAUCGAUGAUGAACGUGCCCACUCGAAAAGCAAGAGCAAGAGUAGGAGUCGCAGCAGAAGCAGGAGCGGCAGUCGCAACUCUAGGUAUAGCUCCAAGACGGGCACGCCAUCCCCGAACCGGAGUCGCAGUCGCAGUGGAUCCGGUUCAGGGAGCGACAUGGGGGUUCCCAAGAAAAAGGUGCGCCGCACAAGCGGAUCUGAUCAGGAGAAGCGCAAGAGCGGCAGCGAUAGCGACAUGGAGGAAUCGCCCGUCAAGAAAUCGCGGCUGAUUGACUCAGACAGCGAGAGCGAGAAGGAGGAGGCGAAAAAGGUGGCUCCAGCGGCGGCUGACAUCUUCGGAGACGCAGAUGACAUCAGUGAUGAUGACGAUGCAGUUGGCCCGGCCACCAGUAAAUCCCCGGCACGUUCCAAGAGUCGCAGUAGGAGCAGGUCCCGCUCACGCAGCCAUUCUAUGAGCCGGUCGCGUUCUCGCUCCCGCUCGCGAUCCCGUGAUCGUGCCGAGUCCCAGGUGGUACCGCCGCCCCCCAAAGAAGAUGAACCGGAACCGUUGCCAGAGACACGAAUCGAUGUGGAGAUACCGCGCAUCUCGGCGGACCUUGGGAAAGAACAACACUUUAUCAAGCUGCCGAACUUCUUGUCUGUGGUCACACAUCCCUUCGAUCCCGAGACGUACGAGGAUGAGAUCGAUGAAGAGGAGACAAUGGAUGAGGAGGGACGGCAACGCAUUAAGCUCAAGGUCAGCAACACGAUCCGCUGGCGUGAGUUCAUGGACAACAAGGGCAACAUGGUGCGCGAGUCAAACGCCAGAUAUGUGCGCUGGUCGGACGGCAGCAUGUCCCUUCACCUGGGCAACGAGAUAUUCGAUGCCUAUCGGCAGCCGCUGCUGGGUGACCACAACCAUCUGUUCAUCCGCCAGGGAACAGGUCUGCAGGGCCAGUCGGUGUUCAGGACCAAGCUCACCUUCCGGCCCCAUUCGACGGAGUCUUUCACGCACAAGAAGAUGACCAUGUCGCUGGCCGAUCGCUCCAGCAAGACCAGUGGCAUCAAGAUCCUCACCCAGGUGGGCAAGGACCCCACCACAGACAGGCCCACGCAGCUUAAAGAGGAAGAGGCCAAGCUGAGGCAGGCCAUGCGCAACCAGCACAAGGCUCAGCCCAAGAAGAAGAAGGCGGGUGCUGGCGAGCCACUCCUGGGUGGUGGUGGCAACUCGUCCUAUCAGCACGACGAUGGCAGCGACGAUGAGAACGCCAUUAGCCUGAGCGCCAUUAAGAACAGAUACAAGAAGGGCUCAUCUAGCGGCGGCACCCAAGCGGAAGUAAAAGCAUCUACCAUCUACUCCUCCGAUGAAGACGAGGGCUCCGACUUUGAAGGGCGACGCAACAAGAAAGUGGACAAGGCCAAGGCAAGCAAGGCGCUGCGCGAUUCGGACAGCGAAUCGGAUGCUGGCAGCGCCAAGAGCGGCAAGAGUGGCAAAGAUGAUAGCAGUGCUGGCGGCAGCGACCAGGAAGGCAGCCACAAGAGCGCGGGCAGCAGCAAGUCGGGCAGUGGCAGUGGCAGCGGCUCCGGCAGCGGAUCGGGUAGCGACAACGAUGAUUAACUUCUUUUUCUAUAACUUAUACAACAUAUGUGUUUCUUAAGACAGCCAAUAAAUACUUACUUUCUUAUGUAUUAAGGAAAUAUUCAUGAGAA